CAAAAUUGAUGGGCAUACCGCUUUAUCGAUCUUCUGUCCCUCCUUUAUCAGCUUCGAUUCCCAGCUUGGCCACAUUCUCUUAUAACUUGCGUCUAGCUUUCCUCAUUUUCACCUAGGUAUAUCCUUCAUCACGCUCCCUUUUCUGCCUGGAAUUGAAGCGCACUUGGUUGCUUGGUUUCCACUUGUCCAUACCGGCUUAAUAUAGAGGCAUCAUGCCGGGACGAACUCUCCCAACGUUGACCCAGUCCCAGGUCGAGUCGCACAAUUCGGCCAAAUCCUGUUAUGUCACCAUCGGUAGCAAAGUCUACGAUGUAACGGAUUUCCUCGAUGCUCACCCUGGCGGCCCUGAGUUGAUUCUUGAAUAUGCUGGAAAGGAUGUCGCCGAUAUUCUCAAGGACGAAGAUUCGCAUGCCCAUUCCGAGGCUGCCUACGAAGUCCUAGAUGAUGCCCAUGUCGCAUUUCUCGUCAGCGAGAAGCUUGCACCGAAGACACAAGGCCACAGGAACACCGUCGAGCCUCAGAUCAACGAGAAAGUCACGCCCACGAUCCAUCCCCGAACCGGUAUGUCCUGUGAGGAGGAUCUUAGCAAGGACACCGAUUUGGCCCAAGACUAUAAGACACACAAGUUCCUCGACUUGAACAAGCCCUUGUUGAUGCAAGUAUGGUUUGGCGGAUUCUCAAAGGAGUUCUACCUCGACCAGGUUCAUCGACCUAGGCAUUACAAGGGUGGCGCAUCGGCGCCAUUGUUCGGCAACUUCCUCGAACCUCUGAGUAUGACCCCCUGGUGGGUAGUCCCUCUUCUGUGGCUGCCCGCGGAUGCCUACGGAACCUAUCUCGCAUCGCAAGGCUUUCAAAGCUAUGGUAAUCUUGCUGCCGCUUGGCUACUAGGCGUCUUCAUAUGGACCCUAGUAGAGUAUAUCUUACACCGAUGCUUGUUCCACCUUGAUUAUUAUCUUCCUGAUAAUAGGGUCGGCCUCACAAUGCAUUUCCUACUCCAUGGCAUUCACCACUAUCUUCCCAUGGACAAGUACCGUCUAGUCAUGCCACCUACUCUCUUCUUGGUCCUUGCGACGCCUUUCUGGAAGUUGGCGCAUACGCUAUUCUUCUUUAACUGGCACCUUGCGACGGCCAUCUACUGCGGUGGAAUCUUUGGCUAUGUAAUGUAUGAUAUGACACAUUACUUCCUUCAUCACCAGAACCUUCCGCUGUGGUAUAAGGGCCUGAAGAAGUACCACCUUGCCCAUCACUUCCUUGACUACGAAUUGGGUUUCGGAGUCACCAGCGCGUUCUGGGACCGCAUCUUCCACACGGAGCUGCCUACAGUGGCAAAGACGAAAUAAUGGUGUUCAUGAAGGCUGGGAUUAUUUUGUGAUGAACUUCUUGUACACUCAAUAUAGGGUAUUGCGGUAAUCAAAUGAGCAUUCAUGAACUCGGGGGUGGCGGCAU